AUGUUGCUCUCUCUCGAAAACGCGCCAUAUAUCGUCGUGGGCUUGGCCCUCGCCUAUUUCUUGGGUCCUUACUUCCAGCGCUGGCGUCUGCACGAUAUCCCGAGUCCCAGCUUUGCCGCGUUCACCAACUUCUGGCUGUUGCUUCAGACUCGCCAGGGUAAGCGCUUCUUGUCGGUCGAUGCUGCCCACAAGAAGUAUGGCAAGCUCGUCCGCAUUUCUCCCAAACAAGUCUCCAUCGCCGACGAUGCAGCCGUGCCGCUCAUCUACGGACACGGCAAUGGCUUCCUGAAAGCUGACUUCUAUGAUGCCUUUGUCUCCAUCCGCCGUGGUCUCUUCAACACCCGCGACCGUAUCGAGCACACCCGCAAGCGUAAGACGGUCUCCCACACCUUUAGUGCCAAGUCCAUCGGCCAGUUCGAACAGUACAUCCACCACAACAUUGAAGAGUUCGUCAAGCAGUGGACCAAGCUCGCCGAGCUGCAGGGCAACCCCAAGACCGGCUAUGCCAGCUUGGAUGCUCUGAAUUGGUUCAACUACCUGGCCUUUGACAUCAUCGGUGACCUCGCUUUUGGUGCUCCCUUCGGUAUGCUCGAGAAGGGCAAGGAUAUUGCCGAGGUCCGCAAGAACCCCAACGAUCCCCCCAAGUAUGUCGCUGCUGUCGAGGUUCUCAACCGUCGUGGUGAGGUCUCCGCCACUCUGGGCUGUAUGCCGUCUUUGAUCCCCUUCGCCAAGUACAUCCCCGACCGUUUCUUCAGCGAGGGUCUCCAGGCCGUUUCUGACUUGGCCGGUAUCGCUAUCGCUCGUGUCAGUGAGCGUACCAAGCCCGAGGUCAUGGCCAACAACACCCGUGUCGACCUGCUCGCCCGUCUGAUGGAGGGUAAGGACCACACAGGCAACCCUCUCGGCCGUGAGGAAUUGACCGCCGAGGCCCUCACUCAGCUCAUCGCUGGCUCCGACACCACCUCCAACACCGCCUGUGCCAUCCUCUACUGGUGCCAGCGCACCCCCGGUGUUAUCGAAAAGCUGCACAAAACCCUUGAUGAGGCCAUUCCUAAGGACAUCGAGGUCCCCACUCAUGCCAUGGUCAAGGAUAUCGACUACCUGCAGUGGGUGAUUUGGGAAACCAUGCGUAUCCACAGCACCUCCGCCAUGGGUCUUCCCCGUGAGAUCCCUGCCGGCGCCCCUCCCGUCGAGAUUUGUGGUCACAUUUUUGGCCCCGGUGACGUCCUCUCCGUGCCCACCUACACUGUCCACCGCUCCAAGGAGAUCUGGGGUCCUGAUGCCGAGGAAUUUGUGCCCGAGCGCUGGAGCCCCGACCGUCUUACCCCGCGCCAAAAGGCCGCCUUCAUUCCUUUCAGCCAUGGCCCUCGUGCAUGCGUUGGCCGCAAUGUCGCUGAGAUGGAACUUCUCGUCAUGGGCGCUACUGUUUUCCGCCUCUUCGAGUUCCAGAUCGAGCAGAAGGGUCCCAUGGAGACCCGUGAGGGUUUCCUGCGCAAGCCCCUUGGUCUCGAUGUUGGCAUGCGCCGUCGCACCAACCGUAACUAA